AUGCAGGAUGAAGAAGAAACCAAGGUAAGAAAGAGCAUUGCUCUGAAAGCUUCACAAGACGAAGAUCAAACAGCCUCACAGGAUGAAAAUGAUUUGGAAGAAAUUGAUUCAAAGAAUGUUGACACUCAAGACAGUCCUGCUGGAGAAGUAAAUGACAGUGAUGCCACCAUUCCUAAUGAUCUUCCAAGAACCUGGAAAUUUGUCCAGAGCCAUCCCAGGGAGCUUAUAAUUGGUGAUCCAUCUGAAAAGUACAUUCUUAUUUCUGCUCAUAUUGCAUUCUUCCUCUGUAUAACACGUUCUGCAUCAAAAACACAUCCACAUUGCAUCAUGGUUAAAAUUAGGGGAGGGUCUACCAGUGUCGGACGGUCCUUUAGGCUUAGAGAUGAGGACAUUGAGAUUGUGGAACCAUCUACUCAAGCACCUAAAAAGAAGAUUGUGACCCGUGGUGGUAAAGUGAAGCAAACUGCCCAAAGAAAAUUGGUUACUCCAACUGCUGAACCAUCUGAUGAGCAGAUGGAAGAGCAGAACUCUGAAGGAAAUAUUGUUGGUGGAAAUGAGGAACCAGAGAAAAGAACAGCAAAGAAGAAGAGCACCCCCCAAUCUAAGAAAAAGCAAUCUGCUGAUCCCUCUGAUGAUCAGCAGAAUGAAGGAAACUUUGCUGAGAUUCAGCAAACACCUGAACCCUCUACCAGGAAGUCUCCAAGGACAAGAUCUGAGGCUCAAAAUGUGGGAGCAUCUGCCACACAAACCUCGAAGGGGAAACGCUCUGGAAAGAAUCCAGAGACUGUGGCUGAGUCUAGAAGGAAAAACUUUCAUGAAACCCCUGUCACUUCUAGGACUCCUCGUGAUCAAUCAGACUAUGUCUCUCCCUUCACCAUUCAUCCCAGAAAGUCUGCCAGCAAGACCUUUGCAUCCAAUUCUGAGGUCAUCUCCUUGCUUGAAGACCUAAAACAGCAUGUUAUGCUUAUUGAAGAUGGUCUCAUGAUGACUAUGACCCCUGCCCAACAAUCUUCCUUCUUGAAAAAAAGGAACCUUCUUGUGCCUCCAAUACUUGAAAAUAAUGAAAAUGCUCAUCAGAAAGAGCCAAGACCUGAGCCCACAGGGCAAACUACUGGUACUGAGGCCACACCAGCUUCCAGCUCUCAGCCCAAGGAUAAAGGCAAGGCUCCAGCAACUGAGGAAUCAUAUGAAGAAGACGAUGAAGAAACUGAGGAAGAAGAGGACCCUGAACAGUUUUGUCUGGCCAGGAGGAGGCCUGGAUCAUCUAAAAUCACUAUCUAG